AUGAGCACUCUAGUUGAUGCUAGACAUUGCGAUGUUCGUAAUGUCCGAUAUCAUUUCCCUCGACGGCGUCGGUCAUAACACUCCGCUCGUUGUAAUUCAUGUUCUCGAGCUGCCUUCUGGGCCAAUCUUUGCUCCACGUCCUGGUGGACGUCUGAGUAUGAAAUACACUACAUUCUUGACCGCUCUUUUCGUCGUGCCCGCCGCUCUUGCUGCUACUGUCAGCGUAUCCUAUGACCAAGUUUACGACCAAAGCUCGAACUCGCUUGCCACCGUGGCUUGCUCUGAUGGCUCGAACGGCCUGCUAACGAAGGGAUUCACCACCUUUGGGUCCCUCCCCUCCUUCCCCAAUAUCGGUGGAGCACCCGCCGUCGGCGGGUGGAACUCACCUGCCUGCGGCACAUGCUGGCGGCUCGCCUUCAACGGCACCAGCAUAAAUGUCCUCGCCAUCGACACGGGAGCGGCUGGCUUCAACAUUGCAUUGACCGCAUUCAAUAAACUGACUAACGGGCAAGGGAUAGCGAUUGGAAGGAUCAAUGCCAAUGCCACGCAGGUGAAUGCUUCAGUUUGCGGUCUUUAGUAGGCGAAAGAUUUCAGUAACUGAACGCCGGACAAACUCACGGACUCUUUUCAUCAUUUUCAUAACGUACAAUUAAGGACUUGGGCAUUCUUGUAAUGGACAGUAUAUAGAUACGUACUGUUGGACUGUGCGCACGGACGAUACCUAAAUCAACCCAAUGUGUACUUGUAUAUAGAUACGGCUGGGUGCAGGACGUGAUAGUGCGACGGUAAUGUCGGAAAAAAAAAUCCGCGGUCACGAC